AAUUCUUUAGUGAAAGUUGAUGAAACUUGGCAGUACUUCGAGACAGCAACAAUCUCAAUAAUUUCAACCGAAAAUGGAUUUCUGAGAUACCUAUCGACUUCAUACGAUGGCCAGUAUGUUUUCCACCAUGGAAAACCUGGACCUGGACGCCUGCAAUCGCCAGUUCUACUUCGAUGGAGCUGCCUAUCUGCAAGCGAACGGAUGCAGCAACGAGAGUACCACAGGGUCCUCUUCCAACGGCAGCGAUUUGUUCUUGUACGACGAGAACAGCACCGACUCGGUAGACUCGACUUUCUCCUAUGGUAGCGACCAGGAGAAUAAUUCUGAUUGCAAAGAAAGGUUGCACAGACAUCGAAAGCGAUCGAAAUGCCCCCAAGUGCAGAUUCAACAGCGGCAGGCUGCCAACCUGAGAGAGCGGAAGCGGAUGCAGUCCAUCAACGACGCGUUCGAGGGCUUAAGGGCCCACAUCCCCACUCUCCCCUACGAGAAGCGGCUGUCCAAGGUGGACACGCUUAAGCUGGCCAUCGGCUACAUCAACUUUCUGGGGGAGUUGGUUAGGACCGACAAGAACGCGAACAGCGAGUGUUUCAACGGGCACAACAGGAAUCUGAGGCAGGAUGAACCGAAGAAGAUUAUUAUCAGAGGUGCUGGAGGAUUAUACACUGCUCAUUCUCUAUCGUGGUCAAGAGUGAAAGAGCAAAAUCCAAAUGGCACAAUGCAUGCCAAAGUGUGGAUGCCUGAAGAUCCCAGAGCGAAUAAAGACGCUCCAAACAGUUCCGCGUACAGCUUGCCAGACUGAAUUGUGUUCCAGAGUCCAUAUCCAUGAUAUUGAUACCUAUUCAUAUUUAAUUUCACUAUAGUUUCAGUAUCAUAUUUGAAUAGCAACAAACAUUCAAAAUACUUCAUCAUAAAAUGACGAAACAUAUAUGUUACGAUAAUAUUAGUCAUUUAUUAACUAAUAAUGUACGUCGUGAACCCAAGAAGAUAGAUAGAGUAUACUGUAUACGGGGUAUGAUACGACGAGCUCACAGUAUCUUCAUACAGGGUGUAUCUAAAUAUGACCGAAAAACUUCAAGGUGUGAUUCCUUGUGAUAUUUUAGGAACCAAAGUUCAUAUAAACAUGUGUCCUAACUUGCUUCGUUUUCGAGAUACAGAUGAGUAGGUAUUAAUAUUUCCAUGAAUGAUCGAUUUUUUUUUCAUAAUUCUGUUGUCUUUUUAUCAAUUUCAAUAAAAAGUUGUGGUUCUGUUAAUAGAGUAAUAUGGAGCUUUUUCUGGUGCAAUUAGAUUCGGAAUAAUAUUUCCAGUGGCGUCACAUACAGUGGGUAAAUUUAUCGAUAUUUAUGGUGAAUGUCAUAUCACGCCACCGGUUUUUCUGAAUUCCAUAUUUUUAUUAGAUUGAACUGUUUAGAUAACAACUUUUCCAUCUCCUGUGUGAUUUUUGUAUCUAGCUUAGUUUUUGGGGAAACAAUAAAAAUUCGAUUUGACUCAAAAUUUUUGAAAUUUUGGGGCUUUCUCAGUCUUCAACCAUACUGAAUUUUGGCACCAUGAAAGCUUACAUCAGAGGGAGGUUAGAAACAAAAACAAUUAAUACUUUCAACUUCAACAUCCUGUAUCUCAAAAACGGAGCAAGUUAGGACACAUAUGUUUAUAUGAACUUUAUUCGCUAGAAUAUCACACGAAAUCACCCCUUGAAUUUUUUCGGCGUUAUUUUGAUACACCCUGUAUAUAUCGAGAAUCAGUCGCAAGAAAUUCAUGAAAAUGUGCAUGCUCAUAUUUGGGAUUACGCUAUCUUCGUUUAAUAUGUUCAACAAUGCAAUGUUGCCGCUUCUACUAGAAAGUAGUAGCAACUCUGAUAUGUCAAAUGGAAACCCUGUAUUUCAUUGCAUUAUUUUGGAUUAUCCCGGAAAAGAUGAUUUCAUCAAUAAUUUAUCACACUUGGUGUCUAGGGCAAUGAUUACAGAGAUAUAGGGGUGUUCAAAAUCGAGAUCUUAACUUUUGAUUCACUAUAUAUCUACUGACAUUCAAUUGGAAUAAAUACAGGGUGCUUCAAGAUUCAGAAUUCUGAUCUGUUCCAAUUGAAUGCUAAUAGAUAGUAAAGUCAAAAGUGAAGAUAAGGACAUGAAAGCCGUUUUGACCGAUAUCAAUAGUUUCGACAAAAAAAAAUCCUAAAUUUGAAAAUCUCGAUUUUGAAUACCCUAUAUAUAUAUUAUGUUUGCUACUUUCUAGUAGAGACGGUAACACUGCAUUGUCAAAAAUAUUUCAAACGGAGAGUGCGUAGUUUCAAAUAUAAGCAUGCACAUUUUCAAAAAUUUCAUAAAUUUCUUGAGACUGAUUCUAUAGAUAAGUAGUGUGUAAGGUGACAGAGAACCCUCUGGUCGAUGCAGGGAGGAUUGUUCAAUUGUACCUAAUCUAGUCUUUUAUUCUAGUCAUUUUAUAGAAUGUUGAAUAGUUACACACGAAAAUGUAUAUACCAUUUUACCAUAAAUAUAUAUUAGGUAUUCAUUUAUGUAGGUGUAUAGGUAAUAUAUUGUGUAAAUAUUGUAUAUAUAUUUUUUGAAUAAACAUCACCUCUACAUUUGUUGC